UAACUAACAGGGCCAUAAUACUCUCUAGAAUGUUUUGUAUUUUUACAGGCUGGAAGUGGUUGCAGUCCUUAAAUCCUUUCCAGUUAUUUUUGGUUUUAUAUAGAAAGCAUCUGUCUGUUUAAAAAAACCAAAAAGAAAGACAAGUAGGAUCUCAUUUGUUAUUCUGUUUUUAGUAUUUACUGCACUCAAGACUACCAAAAGAACACAGCCUAAUGGCUACUGUCCUCCAAGUAUAUUGUUAUGGGCUCUUUGAAGAAGUAAAAUGUUAAAAAUGUUUCAUGAUUGGAAGCAUGAAAAAGGGGUGAGUGAUAACCCCGCUUCACAGCGUGGUUAAAAAUUACUUUUCUGUCUGGAUUUCAAUAAUUUGCAUUAAAAUUUUUCCACAGAAUUCUUCAGCAUGGGCAAAAGUAAUGAGUAAAAUACUUGGCGAUGUAAUACUUCUUCUAAUCUAACUAGUCAAUAUUGCUGUUUAAUGGAGCUUUGAAGCUCAGUUAUCUUGCAGAGAAACAUUACUAGAGUUAAGCAAGUAAUUGUCAUUUUGAAUUCAGAACUAGCUUAUUGUUCAUUGUGGAGCAUAAUAACUGCUUCUUUUUUCUUUUUGUUCACGAUUUAUAACUUUUGUUCCCAAGAGUCCAAGAUUUUAUGGGAGUCCAGUCACGUUCAGCAAACUGGGAAGACAUGAAUGCCUGGGGCUUUUGCAGAAGUGCCUCAUGUGAUACCUUCUAUUCUCAGCAUAGGUUAAAAUUAGAAGUAGACUGACGUUGCCUUGAAGUCUGAGUGAGAGUUCUAAAUGGUUUUGGUAGUGCAGGCAAGAUUCGUAGUUUAUCUCUGCUCUUGACUAGAAAGCAGUGAGUCACAGAAAAUCCUUGAAAACACCAAAUAAUUGAGGUAAGUUGCUGUUAAACUCUUUCAGGUGCUUGGAGUUGUUGGGAGAUCUGAUUACUUGGGAGUAAAUUUGCACUUGUUUUAUAACCACGCUUAGGAAUUCACUUCUCAAUUAUUGGUUGUGAUGACAUGAUUAUUAUAGUUUUUGUUUUCCUGACAAAUAAUAAGAACUAAGAACAAAAAGUUUUUGAUAGUAGUCCUGUUGUUAUAUAAUUAAAUCUCCUUGAAAAUAAAGUCAUAUACUCAGGCCGUCUUUCAUAUUUCAUGGUUCUGAGGUAAUGUUUAUUGAAAAAUACGCUUUCCAUAGCAAAGAGAGCUGCCCAGUAUAAGCUUUACUAAAAAUAAGUAUUGUUUCAACUGUAUAGUUUGAUACUGGUUUUAGUAGUACAAGUAUUAACAAAUAACUCGUUAGAUAUUUGCAUUGCAGUGUCUCUUUUCUGCAUAGUUCACAUAACAGGAUUUUUGGUUUUCUACCUAAAAAGGCUAAUAGGUAAAAAACAGACUCUAAACAACAAGAAACAUUGUUCAUACAAUGUCUUACUCAUUACUGUUGCAUAUUGGGAUGAGGAAUGGGAAAGGUAAUUAGUAGGAAGACCACUGAAAGAGAAAUUAAUUCUUCAAACUAAUAAAUGGGAUCACGUUUAUGUGGGGAGGGGAAGAAGAUGUAAUCCUUUCUUUCCAGGAAAACAUUCAGUCCUUGUUCAGGAACCCAAAUGCCAAACUGCAUUGUGCCACACUAGUUGCCGUUUGUGUCAUGUGUCAAAUCCUGCCAUUUUUCCUUAACAAACAGAGAAUGGAAUGAGUGCUCAUAUUUGCAUUUAAUAAUUAUGGUCAGUACUCAGGCGUCCUUUGGAAGGAACUGAGAAGCAUUUUUUCACAACUAAGAAUGCAGAGAGAUUGCAAAAAUACCAUUUCUGACUAUAAGAAAAUUUACCUAGGUGCAAUUCUUUACAAAGACAAAAUGGUUGGUAAAAUUCUGUCAGUUCUAUACGUUAACUAAUUCUGAUAAUAUAAUCAAGUAGGAAUUGCAGUGUUUUAGUUUUCAUGUCCCUGUCCCCAUCUGGUAGCUAAUAGAUGCGCUGAUGCAUUGAGCCUGAAAUUCACAGUCAGAUUCCUGUGACUGAAUCUGAAUAUGUAAGGAUCAUGACUGAAUCUGCAGUUUGCGUUGGAACAUUCACUGCUGUGAAGGCACUUUGGGAAGUGAGAAUACACAAGAUAAAUGAAGAAUUGCAGAAAGAAAAGGAAUUCAGACAGAGGUCUGCAGGAAGGCUACUACUCGUCUGGGAGGAAAGAGCCGCUUUAGCAAAGCUGAAAGAAAAAGUUAUUCAUGAAGAUGGAAGAGCAAUUUUAAGGAUAGAGGAAGAAGAAUGGAAGACACUACCUUCGUGCUUAUUGAAACUCGUCCAUCUCCAGGAAUGGCAGCUUCAUAGAACUAGUUUGCAGAAAAUUCCUCAGUUCAUUGGAAGGUUUCACAACCUUGUUGUUCUGGAUCUAUCCCGGAACUCAGUUGAAAGUAUACCUAAAGAAAUUGGCCAGCUGACAAGCCUCCAAGAGCUGCUUCUCAGCUACAACAGAAUAAAGUCUGUUCCUAAGGAAAUAAGUAACUGUGUGAGUCUGGAAAGAUUGGAACUGGCUGUCAACAGGAGUAUCCGUGAUCUUCCUCCUCAGCUCAGUGAUUUAAAGAAGCUUUCACACAUAGACUUGUGCAUGAAUCAGUUUACUACCAUCCCUUCAGCUCUUCUCAACAUGCCAAAUCUAGAAUGGUUAGAUAUGGGGGGAAAUAAACUCCAGGAACUUCCUGAUGCAAUUGACAGAAUGGAAAAUCUCCACACUUUGUGGCUCCAAAGGAAUGAGAUACAUUCUUUGCCAGAAACCAUUUGUAAUAUGAAAAAUCUUAGUACUCUUGUUCUGAGCAACAACAAACUUAAGGAUAUCCCAACUUGUAUGAAGGACAUGACAAAUCUGAGAUUUGUCAACUUCAGAGACAACCCCCUGGAGUUAGAGGUAAUGCUCCCUCCAUGUGAGAAUACAGAAGAGGAGGAACAACAGGAAAUGUUUGGCAUUGAAUUCAUGCAUGUGUAUAUCCAGGAGUCACUCAAGAAAACAGGACAUCUGGAAAGUUGUACUUCUGAUCCUUCUCCUGCCAUAAAUACUAAUGAAUAAACAACAUUAACCGUGAAUGGAAGAAAAUACCCAGUAUACUUCUAAUGAAGUGGCAUACAACAGGUUUCAAAUAUUCUUAGG